AUGACUAUUUCAAAAUCUAUAGAUAUCUUGUUUAGUGACCUUGAGCACCAAUUUUCAAUCAAGAAAAAGAACCUGGACCCCAUUGUGAAGGGUUUUAUCAAUGAAUUAAACACAGGGUUAACUACUCCGUCUACCAAAAUAGCUACGAUGAUUCCUUCUUUUGUUACAAAAUUGCCCACUGGUAAUGAAACAGGCACGUUUUUAUCAUUGGAUAUGGGAGGCACCAAUCUUCGUAUAUCUGCUGUAGAAUUAAAAGGGCAGGGACAAGUGCAAGUACUUGAAUUGAAACGUGUCGCUUCCAAAGAGCUGAAAACGGGCGAAGGCUCCGUGUUUUUUGACUGGAUAGCAGACGCCAUGGAAGAGUUGGUGCAUAAAAAGGCGAAACAUCUUUUUGAUACUGAUCAACUUCAAGGCAUAGAGCCAUUAGCUCUGGGUAUCUGUUGGAGCUUCCCCGUUCAUCAGACUUCUGUCAACCGUGGGACGAUUUUAAGAAUGGGCAAAGGGUUUACAUUAAAAAAUACAGAAGGCCGCGACCUGUCUGAUAUGUUACACGAGGCAUUUGAUCGCAAGGGAUUAAAUGUCAAAGUCAGCGCUAUCUUGAAUGAUGCCGUAGGUACUUUGGUAGCACAUGCUUAUGUAAACCCAAGAUCUCGCAUCGGAUUUAUUUUUGCUACUGGAGUCAAUGCUUCAUACCCUGAAAAAAUAUCUGCAAUGAAGGCGAAACUUGAACCCGAGUAUUAUCAAAACCAGGAUGCCGAUACAGAAAUGAUUCUAAAUACGGAGAUUGAUAUAUUUGGAAGUGAGACUUACUUACCCUUAACUUCCUACGAUCUAGCUCUGGAUGCUGCACACAAUCAACCCAAGUUUCAGUUAUACGAGAAGAUGUUAUCUGGUGCUUAUCUCGGUGAGCUUACUAGACUGAUUGCUUUAAACUUUAUUGAGUCAGGAGGAUUGUUCGAAGGUGUUAUUCCUGAAGGAUUUGAAGAACCAUACUCGUUUCCUACAAUGUACAUGAGUGCACUAGAAAAUGAUAUCAGUGUUAAUAAGGAGGAGAGUUUCAAGAUUCUUUCAAACUAUCAAACAGUACAGCCUCCUACAUAUUCCGAUAUUGUCAUACUAACACGUAUAUGUCGAAUCGUCUCCACUCGUAGUGCAGCUUUAGCUUGUGCCUCAAUUGCCGCAAUGAUUGAAAAGCAAGGUCUAGAUAAAAAUGAAGACGGCAGUGAUAUUGUUAUUGGUAUCAAUGGUUCAACAUAUGAGUUUUACCCUUAUAUGUCCGAUAGAAUUCAUAAUUCUCUGCUUGAAUGGUUUGGCCCUGAUGUUUCAGACAGAAUUAAAUUGGAAGUAGCCAAAGAUGGUGGUAGCAUUGGCGGUGCCUUGAUUGCUAUGUUAUGUAGCAUAUAA